CUUGUAACUUUUAUAGGCUACCAAGUAACUUACAAAGCAAAAUAAAAUCUAGCAUUUGCUACCUACUUACGUGGGGUAGUUGUUGAUAUCUCUAUUGACCAUUGUAGUUCAUAUGCACCUAUCCUAGCCAAGAAUUGCAGUUUUAGACGUCACCAUACUAAUUUUGGAUUCUUCUAUUCUCAUAAUUUCAAUAUAAUAGAUAUUGGUUGCUCGUUGGAUCUGCUGUAAAUUUUUUGGAUCUAUUUUGAAGGUUCAUAUCUUCAGUAUCUUAACAACAACAAACUAAAUACGAUAAAACUGAAAAAUAGGAACAAACAAGAUGAGCGUGAAUGUAAAAGAGUCCACUUUGGUGUGCCCAGCAGAGGAGACUCCAAGACACAGUCUUUGGCUCUCAAGAAUAGACAUGAUCGCGCGCAUGCCUUAUUCACACUCUCCGCUCUUUUACAUUUAUAGUCCAAAUGAGGAUUUUACGGGCUCAAAGUGUCUGGAAACUAAAAUUCUAAGAGAAGCUCUUAGUAGAAUUUUAGUGCCAUUUUAUCCGGUGGCGGGUAGAUUAAAGAAGAAUGAAGAGAAUGAUCGAUUCGAGAUUGAUUGCAAUUCGAGUGGAGUCUUAUUCCAAGAGGUAGAAACAACACACUGUCUUGCGGAUUUUGAAGGCUUUAAGCCUACUACUGAACUUCGCAACUUGAUCGUGCCUAGAUGCGAUUACUCCGGCGGUCUCUCGUCGUUCCCCCUACUAUUGGUGCGAGUCACCCGCUUCCUAUGCGGUGGCAUGUGUAUUGGGUUUGGCACCCAUCACCAUUUAACCGAUGGAGUUGGAUUUGUAAACUUUCUUAACUCAUGGUCAAGACUUGUUAGGGGCCUUGAGCUCGAUGUUCAGCCCAGCUUUGAUAGGACCGUCUACCUGGCUCCCCGUCACCCACCUCAGGUCAAGUUCCGGCAUCUGGAGUAUGAGCCACCUUUACCACCUUUAUCUCCCAAAGGAUUUUCAGGUGGGAUGACAAGCACAAAGGAGGGUUUGUUCAAACUUUCUAAGCGUCAAAUUGAUAUCUUGAAAUUACAAGCAAGAUUUCCUUCCAAGGAAGUACCAAGCUACAACGACCCAACCACAUAUGAGGUGCUAGCUGGGCAUAUAUGGCGGAGUGCAUGCAAAGCACGCGGCUUAGGAGGUGAUCAACCCGUAAAACUGUACAUACCAACUGAUGGACGAUCCAGAUUAAAGGAUCCAACUCUACCGCAAGGGUACUUUGGGAAUGUAGUUUUUUUCACAGCUUGUAUUGCUAAAGCGUGUGAUAUCUCGUCCAAGCCACUACGGUAUGCUGUAAGUAAGGUUCAUGAUGCAUUACAAAAUGUGGAGGACAUCGAGUACUUGAGAUCAGCAAUUGAUUACCUAGAACAACAGGCGGAUCUAACGACUCUUGUUCGUGGGCCCCACACUGUUGCAUGUCCUAACCUAUCAAUAAACUCUUGGGGUAGGCUCCCUUUUCAUAAAGCAGAUUUUAGUUUGGGGAAGCCUAAGUUUGUGGGUCAUGGCGGGAUUAGAUACGAGGGGCAAUCGUUUUUCGUCCCGAGCCCAAACGACGAUGGUAGUUUUUCACUGAGCAUCAAUCUAUUCACCGUUCACAUGAAUCUCUUCGAGAACUACUUGUAUGAUUUUGUAAGUUUUCCUUGUUUAUAAGUUAUUUUGUUUAAGAAACCCGCGACCAAAUCCAUCAUUUGGUCGGUUAUUGUUAUGACUUGUGAGGUAGUAACUAGUAAGUGUGGUGCUUGAGUUUUGUGACAUCGUCACAUCGAUAGAGAUCUUAUAUGUCAUUAUAGAUGUUUUGGCCUGUUUAACUAUUAUGUUAUGUCGUGUUAUGAACAUUUACUAAUAACACUGAAUCUACAAUUAAGAUUUUCGAUUUU